ACGACGGUUACUGAAUGUGCGCGUGUAUAUCCAGACGAAAAAAGAUAGAAAUACGUGGAAUCUGUAACGUAAAGUGGGAACGUAAUAAAAUUGAAUGUGUAGUGAGUGGUUUCGGCGCAGGCAGGAGAAGCGAGAGGUUCUUGGACUUGAGUACGAACGAAAGAAAGAGGGAGAAGUUAUGGCGAGAAGCCAUGGGGGUAGUGAAAUCAGACUGGACUGUUGAAGAACGGUAUUGAGAGGUAGUAGUGCGGCAGGCAGCGGUCGAGUAAGAGAAAAGAGUCACGGAGAAAACGAUUUUACAUGUGUGGUUUUGUUUCUCAAACAAUUUUAAAGCCGACAGGCCCGUGCAUGUAUAAUACGUGGAAUCGACAAUCAUUCGUGGUUAGUUAAGUGUAAUAAGCCGGUCAGUGAAUUAUUUUAAGACGGCUUCAUUGAGAAAAGCUGUAGCAAGAAAAAGAAAAACGACGCGUGAAAUUUUUUUUAUCACUUUCAAAUAAUUCGGAGAACAGUUGAGGAGAGUCUUAACAUACCAGCAAGGCGUGUAGUGCUUGAGUUACAUUUUUUGCAAAGGAAGAAAGGCGGCGCAUUGUGCGCGCUAAACAAAAAUGGCGGAUAGCGAUUCGAGGGUAGACCGGUCAGAUCCGGAGCUACGUUUUCUGUCUGUCGACAGGAACAACUUCAAUGAUCCGGCUACACAAGCUGAAUGGACGCAGAAGAAACUCGUAUGGGUGCCGCACGAGACUCAAGGUUUUGUUGCCGCUGGAAUAAAAGGCGAACGUGGUGAUGAAGUCGAAGUGGAAAUCGCUGAGACCGGUAAACGGGUACUCGUUGCCAAGGAUGAUAUACAAAAGAUGAACCCACCUAAAUUCGACAAGGUCGAGGACAUGGCCGAGUUGACGUGUCUUAAUGAAGCGUCUGUGCUUCAUAACCUCAAGGAUCGUUACUACUCCGGACUCAUAUAUACUUACUCCGGCCUCUUCUGUGUUGUUGUCAACCCCUACAAGAGGCUUCCGAUUUACACAGAAAAAAUAAUGGAGCGGUAUAAGGGCAUCAAGAGGCACGAAGUUCCACCGCACGUUUUCGCCAUUACAGACACCGCCUACCGUUCUAUGUUACAAGAUCGAGAAGAUCAAUCAAUUUUAUGUACUGGUGAAUCUGGUGCUGGAAAAACAGAAAAUACAAAGAAAGUUAUUCAAUAUUUAGCUUAUGUUGCUGCAUCCAAACCCAAAACAAAUGCUGGGACUGGAAUCACCACCGAGAAAUUUGCGGGUGAACUAGAACAGCAACUUCUUCAAGCAAAUCCUAUUUUGGAGGCCUUUGGAAACGCCAAAACUGUGAAGAAUGACAACUCUUCACGAUUUGGUAAAUUCAUCAGAAUAAAUUUCGAUGCAUCUGGAUACAUCGCAGGUGCAAACAUUGAGACCUAUCUCUUGGAGAAAUCUCGAGCUAUAAGACAAGCUAAAGAGGAAAGAACUUUUCAUAUAUUUUAUCAACUAUUAGCUGGCGCUUCUCCAGAGCAGAAAAAAGAAUUUAUAUUAGAAGAUCCAAAGCAUUAUCCAUUCCUAUCAAAUGGCGCACUGCCAGUUCCUGGUGUUGAUGACGCAUCAGAGUUUGCCUCGACUGUCAAAUCAAUGCAUAUUAUGGGUAUGACUAAUGAAGAUUUUUCUUCCAUCUUCCGCAUUGUAUCUGCUGUUAUGCUUUUCGGAUCAAUGCAAUUCAGACAAGAGAGAAAUUCCGAUCAAGCUACGUUACCUGAUAAUACUGUAGCUCAAAAAAUUUCACAUUUAUUGGGACUCAGCGUUACAGAAAUGACGAAAGCCUUUUUGAAACCAAGAAUCAAAGUAGGCCGUGACUUUGUGACUAAAGCUCAGACAAAGGAGCAAGUUGAGUUUGCUGUGGAAGCAAUAUCUAAAGCAUGUUAUGAAAGGAUGUUCCGUUGGCUGGUCAACAGGAUAAAUCGAUCUCUUGACAGAACUAAACGUCAAGGAGCUAGUUUUAUUGGAAUUUUAGAUAUGGCAGGGUUCGAAAUAUUUGAACUGAAUUCUUUUGAACAAUUGUGUAUCAAUUAUACUAAUGAGAAACUUCAACAGCUCUUCAAUCAUACUAUGUUUAUUCUAGAACAAGAAGAGUAUCAACGAGAAGGAAUAGAAUGGAAGUUUAUUGACUUUGGAUUAGAUCUUCAACCUACAAUUGAUUUAAUUGAUAAACCUAUGGGUGUUAUGGCACUCCUUGAUGAAGAAUGUUGGUUUCCAAAAGCCACAGAUAAAACAUUUGUUGAAAAACUUGUCAGUGCCCAUAGUGUUCAUCCUAAAUUCAUGAAAACUGAUUUCCGAGGUGUUGCUGAUUUUGCUAUUAUUCAUUAUGCCGGUAAAGUUGAUUAUUCUGCUGCUAAAUGGUUAAUGAAGAACAUGGAUCCACUGAAUGAAAAUGUCGUCAGUUUAUUACAAGCCUCUCAAGAUCCAUUUGUUUGCCAUAUCUGGAAAGACGCUGAAAUAGUUGGAAUGGCACAACAAGCUCUUACUGACACGCAAUUUGGAGCAAGAACUAGGAAAGGAAUGUUUAGAACAGUGUCGCAGCUGUAUAAAGAGCAACUUGCAAAACUGAUGGUGACUCUUCGUAACACGAAUCCCAAUUUCGUACGUUGUAUUAUUCCAAAUCACGAAAAAAGAGCAGGAAAGAUUGAUGCUCCUUUGGUUCUUGAUCAAUUACGAUGCAAUGGAGUGCUUGAAGGAAUUCGUAUUUGUCGUCAAGGAUUCCCUAAUAGAAUACCUUUCCAAGAAUUUAGACAGCGUUAUGAAUUACUUACACCAAACGUUAUUCCAAAAGGUUUCAUGGAUGGUAAAAAAGCUUGUGAAAAGAUGAUUCAAGCAUUAGAACUUGAUCCUAAUCUUUAUCGAGUCGGUCAAUCAAAGAUUUUCUUCAGAGCUGGAGUUCUUGCCCACCUUGAGGAAGAAAGAGACUAUAAAAUUACAGAUUUGAUUGUUAAUUUCCAAGCUUUUUGUCGUGGUUUUCUCGCAAGACGAAAUUAUCAGAAACGUCUUCAGCAACUUAAUGCUAUUAGAAUUAUUCAGAGAAAUUGUGCAGCAUAUCUAAAACUUAGAAAUUGGCAAUGGUGGAGAUUGUAUACUAAAGUAAAGCCUCUUCUAGAGGUUACAAAACAGGAAGAAAAAUUAACACAAAAAGAGGAUGAGUUAAAACAGGUCAGAGAUAAAUUAGAAAUGCAGCUGCAUUCGGCUCAAGAGUAUGAACGAAAGUAUCAGCAAGCUCUUGAAGAAAAAACAAUGUUAGCAGAGCAAUUGCAAGCUGAAGUGGAAUUGUGUGCAGAAGCAGAAGAAAUGCGUGCGAGAUUAACCGCAAGGAAGCAAGAGCUUGAAGAGAUCCUUCAUGAUUUAGAAGCACGUAUUGAGGAGGAGGAAGAACGUAGUAAUGCUCUUAAUCAAGAGAAAAAGAAACUCCAAUUGAACAUAAGUGAUCUUGAAGAGCAAUUAGAGGAAGAAGAAGCUGCUCGGCAAAAAUUGCAGUUAGAGAAAGUUCAGUGUGAUGCAAAAAUCAAAAAAUUAGAGGAAGAUCUUGCACUUUCAGAAGAUACGAAUCAAAAACUGUUGAAGGAAAAGAAAAUUCUUGAAGAAAGAGCUAAUGAUUUGUCUCAAACUCUCGCUGAAGAAGAGGAAAAAGCCAAACAUUUAGCAAAAUUGAAGGCCAAGCAUGAGGCAACAAUUGCAGAUUUAGAAGAAAGACUUCUCAAAGAUCAUCAACAACGUCAAGAGGUUGAUCGUUCAAAGAGGAAAGUUGAAACUGAGGUAUCUGAUCUUAAAGAUCAAUUGAGUGAAAGAAAAAUUCAAGUCGAAGAACUACAACUUCAAUUAGGUAAGCGAGAAGAAGAACUUAAUCAGGUGAUGUUGAAAGUUGAUGAAGAAGCCGCUGCUAAAGCACAAGCUCAAAAGGCAUUAAGAGAACUGGAGUCUCAGCUGGCAGAACUCCAGGAAGAUCUGGAAGCCGAAAAAGCUGCAAGAAGUAAGGCAGAAAAAUUAAAACGUGACCUAAAUGAAGAAUUAGAAGCUCUUAAAAAUGAAUUAUUAGACUCUCUUGAUACAACUGCAGCUCAACAAGAGCUUAGGAGUAAACGUGAACAGGAAUUGGCAACUCUAAAAAAAAAUCUAGAAGAAGAAACUUCUUUGCAUGAAGCAACACUUGCAGAAAUGCGUCAUAAACAUACUCAAGAACUAACAGCUAUUAAUGAACAGAUGGAUGCCUUGAAAAAAGCUAAAGCAGCAUUGGAAAAAGCUAAAGGAUCUUUGGAAGCAGAAAAUGCAGAUCUAGCAACAGAAUUACGAUCAGUUGGUGCAAGUAGACAAGAGUCUGAUCGUCGACGUAAACAAGCUGAGCAACAGUUGGUUGAGUUGAAUGCUAAAUUAGCAGAAGUUGAAAGAAAUAAACAAGAAUUAGCUGAACGUGUCACCAAAUUGCAAACGGAAACUGAAGCUAUUUCUCAGCAAUUAGAAGCAGCAGAAUUGAAAGCUUCUGCAUCAGUAAAAUCAGCCACUGUUUGUGAAUCUCAAAUUGUCGAAUUACAACAACAACUUGAGGAAGAAACCAGACAAAAACUUGCACUAAGUUCCAAAUUACGUGCUUUAGAAAGUGAAAAAGAAAGCCUUCACGAUCAGCUGGAAGAAGAGGAAGAAGCUAAACGAGCUCUUGAUAAACAAGUACAAGCAUUAAAUCUUCAAUUAAUUGAAGCCAAAAAACGAAGCGAUGAAGAAGCUGAGGCUGCAGCAGUGCUUGAAGAAGCUCGAAAACGAUGCAUGAAAGAUAUUGAAGCACUUCAGAGACAAGUAGAAGAACUUCAAGCAGCUAAUGAUAAAUUAGAUAAAUCGAGAAAAAAAAUUCAAGCAGAAUUGGAAGAUAGUACAAUUGAACUUGAAGUACAGAGAGCUAAAGUUCUUGAAUUGGAAAAGAAACAAAAGAAUUUCGAUAAAGUUCUUGCUGAAGAAAAGGCAGUUUCGGAGCAGUAUGCUGAACAAAGAGAUGCAGCAGAGCGAGAAGCACGAGAAAAAGAAACUAAAGUAUUGUCUUUGACUAGAGAAUUGGAUGAACUAAAUGAAAAAGUUGAAGAACUGGAACGUGGACGUCGAGGACUUCAAGCCGAACUUGAUGAAUUAGUGAAUAAUCAAGGAACAGCUGAUAAAAAUGUUCAUGAAUUAGAGAAAGCCAAGAGAGCUUUAGAAUCACAAUUAGCUGAACAACGUUCGCAGGUCGAAGAACUUGAAGAUGAACUUCAAUUUACUGAAGAUGCAAAAUUACGAUUAGAAGUCAAUAUGCAGGCAUUGCGUACUCAAUUUGAAAGAGAUCUUCAGGCAAAGGAAGAACAAGCUGAAGAAAAACGUCGAGGAUUAGUAAAACAAAUUCGAGAUCUUGAAGCCGAACUUGAAGAUGAAAGAAAACAACGUGCUGCUGCUAUUGCUGCUCGUAAAAAGUUGGAAGCAGAUUAUAAAGAUGUAGAACAACAACUUGAAAUGCAUAAUAAGGUUAAAGAAGAUGCAUUGAAACAAUUGAAAAAACUUCAAGUUCAAAUAAAAGAUUGUACAAGAGAAACUGAAGAAGCACGAGCGGCUAGAGAUGAAUUGGCAACAAGUGCAAAGGAAACAGAGAAAAAAGUUAAGAGUCUUGAAGCUGAUUUACUCCAACUUACCGAAGAUUUAGCAAGUAGUGAAAGAGCUAGACGUACGGCAGAAAAUGAACGUGACGAACUUCAAGAGGAGAUCAAUAAUAAUGCCAAUAAAGGGACAUUAAUGCUCGAUGAAAAACGCCGUCUUGAAGCAAGAAUUGCUACAUUAGAAGAAGAAUUAGAGGAAGAACAAUCAAACAGUGAAAUUUUUGUAGACCGUGCAAGAAAAGGACAAAUAACGAUAGAGCAAUUGACCACUGACUUAGCGACAGAACGUUCAUCAACACAAAAACUAGAAUCACAACGAUUAUUACUUGAGAGACAGAAUAAAGAGCUUAAAGCUAAACUUGCAGAAUUGGAAACUGCACAACGUGCUAAAACUAAAGCUACUAUUCAAGCUCUCGAAUCUAAGAUCAGUAAUCUUGAUGAACAACUCGAGACUGAAGCUAAAGAGCGGUUUGCCCAACAAAAAAUAAACCGCAAAUUAGAUAAGAAAUUGAAAGAACUGAGUUUACAACUAGAAGAUGAAAGAAGAAAUGCUGAUCAAUAUAAGGAACAAGUUGAGAAAGCUAAUGCACGAGUGAAAACAUUAAAGAGACAACUUGAUGAAACGGAAGAAGAACUUAGCAGGCACAAAGUUCUUAAACGAAAGGCUCAGAGAGAAAUGGAUGAAAUGAUCGAAUCCCAUGAAAAUUUAACCCGGGAAGUGGCAAACCUCAAAAGCAAACUAAGACGAGGAGGAGGAGGAGCCACAAUUGGUCUAAGUUCUUCAAGACUGACCAAACGAGGAUCUGUGCAAACUGGAGGAUCUGGUGAUGACUCCACUACCCAAGAUGAAAGUAUUGAUGGCGAAGAAAACAUCAAUUGAAUCAUGUAGUGCAGGCUUUUAUGCUAUGAUAACUUCCAUAACGCAUAAUAGAAUAUUUAAUUAACGUCAGAGACAUGAAGGAUAGAAAAAAUUGUGUUAGAUGCAAGGAUAAUCUUGCAUAUUGGUAUUUUCAAAUGAUCAGUAUAAUUAAUUAAAUGAAUAAUAAACAUAAAAAAAAGUAAAGAAAUGAAAAGUUGAUCGAAAAUAUGAAUCAGUCGAAGAUAAUACGUAAUUGUGGUGAGUUGGAAAUAGAAAAUUAUUUCUUUUUUUUAUUUUUUUUUCUUUUCACUUGAAAGUAUAAAUAUAUUAUUCACUUUUCAUAUAUAAGAUGCCAUCGAUAUAAGAAAAAAAAGUGUUAAAAGAAUGUGUACAUAACUUAACAAUGCGUUCUAACAAACCGCCGAGCGGUUUUGAUGCAAGCACGUAAUUGAAUUCUGCAAAACUAUGGAGGGAAAAGAAAAAUGUUUAAUUAAAAAUACAAUAAUAAAAACAAUACAAAGUGCAUAGAUAAUGAAAACAAAAUCAAUAGAAAAAGACAAAAGAUAUAAUAUUCGGGAAAGCAGAUCGCUGCAUAAUUAUUAUUAAAUAUUAUUAUUAUUAAAUAUUAUUAUUAUUAUUAUUAUAUACAGUAAAAAAUAACCUUCUUAAGUAAUGAUAAGACAUUAAUGUUUAUUACUAUUUUAUUUUAUUAUAAUUAUUAUUAUUAUUAUUAUUAUUAUUAUUAUUAUUAUUAUUAUUAUUAUUAUUAUUAUGAGACAGUAUCAUCCCGAAUAUGAAUUAAUUUACAAAAAAAAGCAUCAAACCAGAAAGAAAUGUGAUAAAUAUUUGAAAAACAAUUAUUGCUAGGGAUUUAUUUCAAUUUAAAAGGUUUACUUGAGAUGAAAUAUAUUUUUCCUUUUUCGCCCAAUUAAACGUUUUCAUUUGAUCUUAAUUUUCAAUUGUUGUACUCUAAUAUUUUUUUAAUAAUUCUUUGAUGUGAAUUAUUGCAAUGUAAAUCUAUAUACAACUCUUUCGCUUAUUUAUAUAAACAUUUUAUAUAAAUUUCUAAAAAUUGACAAUCGCUUGCUCUGAUUGUGUCUAAAUUUAAAAAAAAAUUAUAAUUAAUUUUUUUGUUUCGUUAUAUUUUAUUUUCUUAGUUGUUGGUAGUAAAUCUUUGAACCUUUUAAAAUGAAUUAAAAGAAAAAGUGGGAUGAAAAUAAAUGAAUGGUCAAUAAAAUUAUCAAAAAUCAAGUAAAAAUAUUAAAACAAAUAAGUUUGGCAUUUUUACAAAAAGAACUUUUGUAAAAUUUUUAUGAAAAAAUCUUUAUACUGAAUGAUUUUUUUACAUAAAAAUAUACAGCGUUAGUAUAUUUUUUAGUGCGAUAUUAAUCACAAAAACAUUCAUAUAAAUGCAUUUAUGCCGUUUUCGAAUAAAUAAACAAGCUUUUAAAAUAUUAGAUAAAAAAUGAAUUUAAAUUCAUUAAAGACCAAAUUUUGCAACGAUGAAAAACAAUAAUAGUAAUGAAAUCUAGACUGGCAAUUCACAUUACUAAUUAAGCCAAAACAAAUUUUAUGUAAUAACAAUUUUCUGAUUCCCAAUGCCUAGUAAAAAUAAUUGUGAAAUGUGUAUAUAAGGAAUUUGAAAUUUAAGUGCCAUUUGCUCACUCACUAUUACCAAUAUUUCAUUUAAUAUUUUUUUAAUAAAUGCAUGUGACGCUUUUGUACUACUUAUAGUAAUUAUGAGCGAGAAAGUGGCCUUCAGUUUGAUAUACAAAUCUUGAUAAUUCCACAUGAAAAAAUGAAAUAAACGUCAAAUUCAAGAAUCAACAAAUUUUUGAUACAUUUCUUAUAGAUUAAACUUAAGGGUUGAUUGCAUCUACGAAAAAAGAGAGAACAAUAAAAAAAAAAAUUUUAAAAAA